AAAACUAACUGACCGAGGGCUUGUCCAAUCAAAACACAGCCUGUACUCCCGCAGCCAAUCACAGAGGAGCAGUUGGGAGGCGAGUGGGUUCCCAACUGCUGUGUAACCGUUGCAGCUAGGUAGCCUAGCCGCGCUGCUGAGCUCUGACACCGUCUGAUGCAGAAAUGCUUUUCCAACGGCGCGCUGCGUCUAGUCAGCUAGGCUAGCUUCUCGGGUUGGGAAAGAAAAUACUUGGACGCUGGCUAGCGAGGACUGGGGACAUCCGUUGUGAGCAUCAUCUCCGAAACGCCUUCAUCCAUCCAUACAUUAUAAUUAAAAGGAGAUAAGAGGUGACCAUCAGUAUUCAGGUCAACAGAAGUAUCACCACAGCUAAUUCUCAGCUUUGAUGCAGAACAGUCUUUGUAGGUCAAGAUGACUGAAGAGGUGAUUGUCAUCGCCAAGUUCGACUACAUGGCCCAGCAGGACCAGGAGCUAGACAUCAAAAAGAACGAGCGCCUUUGGCUACUCGACGACUCCAAGUCCUGGUGGAGAGUCCGGAAUGCCACCAACAAAACCGGCUUCGUCCCGUCUAACUAUGUGGAGAGGAAAAACAGCGCUAGGAAAGCCUCUAUUGUCAAGAAUCUCAAAGACACACUCGGAAUUGGGAAGGUGAAGACCAGGAAGGGAGGGUUGAGAGACACCGCUUCCAACGCUGACACAGAUCUAAGCACAGAUAACGGGGAGAGGCUUUACGACCUCAACGUGCCCGCCUUGGUCAAGUUCAGCUAUGUGGCGGAGCGUGAAGACGAGCUCUCUCUGGUGAAGGGCACACGGGUGGUGGUGAUGGAGAAGUGCAGCGACGGCUGGUGGCGUGGCAGCUACAAUGGACGAUCUGGCUGGUUCCCGUCCAACUACGUGACGGAGGACGUGGAUGGGACUGCGGGGGGAGGGGGCAUGGGUGGGCUCGGAGAUCCGGCUGCCGGAUCGCUAACUGAGAAGCUGGCCGCUGUGGUAAGCAGCAGCUCAAAUGGAAACAGAGUGCUGCACAUGGUCCAGGCGCUCUACCCCUUCAGCUCUGGCAAUGACGAAGAACUAAACUUUGAGCGGAGCGAGGUGAUGGAGGUCAUAGAGAAGCCAGAGAACGACCCGGAGUGGUGGAAGUGCCGCAAAGCAGAUGGACAGUUGGGCCUGGUGCCUAAGAACUACGUCACUGUGCUUGACUCCAGUUCCCAUAAAUCCACAGCGGGGCCAGUCGGGCCUCCAACACCCGACUGUGACUACAUCUCGCCCUCAGGCAGCGGGCGCUUUGCUGGGAAGGAGUGGUACUACGGAAAGGUGACGCGCCACCAGGCAGAGGUGGCGCUAAAUCAGAGAGGCACGGAGGGAGACUUCCUCAUCCGAGAUAGCGAGUCAUCGCCGAAUGACUUCUCCAUCUCCCUGAAGGCGCAGAGCAAGAACAAGCAUUUCAAAGUGCAGCUGAAGGACAACCUUUACUGCAUCGGACAGCGCAAAUUUAGCUCUAUGGAAGAGCUUGUCGAACACUACAAAAAGGCUCCCAUCUUCACCAGUGAGCAGGGAGACAAACUGUACCUGAUCAAAGCCCUGGCUGCCUCCUGAUCCAAUCCUCAACCACACACAGGCACACAAAUUAAUGGCUUCCAUAUAUAAAAGAGAUCGUUACACCAGAACACACACUAACAUUUCUGCUCCAAGCCUGAAGACUUAACACAUCAUCAGGACUUAAAUGGCGACUUUGUGAGCAUUCCAAGAGGAGAUAUGGAAAAAAACAUUGAGAAGAGGGCUGGAGAGAAGACUUAUGCACCCUGAGAGUUGACUACAGGCCUCUUGGUCGCAUUUUAAAUGAUCCACAUUAGGUCAUAGGCAACGGCAUGUAUUUCACCCUUGGUAUCUUUUAGGGUUUCAUUUAGAUUUCUUUAUGUCAAUAAUAUAUAAUCUUUUUUUUUUAACAAUUUCCUUUAAAGAUGUGAUUUUUAUUAUUUUUUUAAACUACACACAUGACAUAAUUGAGAUAUUUUUAGAUGACGACUUACUCAGUGCCAUGCCUACAGGUCUUACACAUCGAUUCACUUUAAUGUUUGUCUUAAAACUUUCAUGGUUGUGGACACACUAAUCCACAACAUCAGCUAAUCAUUGAUAAAAACCAAGUGACCAAACUAUAUUUAUUUAGAUUUGUCAGGAUCCGUGUUGUUGAAAUAUUACAAUGCAUCCGUUUUUUGUUGUUUUUUUUUCUCCUCCAUUUCUUGAGCAAAGUAGGUUUUUUUUUUUUUGUGUACAACAGAACUGCUUGUGCCACAUCUUGCUGUAUCCACAUCAUGUGAAUGUUACAAAGAGGAGGAAAAUUACGCUGCGGAUCUCGUGACGCAAACAAGUGGGCUAGUGUCAACCCAAACUUCCGUUUAACUUCCAUUAAGGAUCCAUCCGCAUGUGAUCGAUUGUUGCGUCUCAGAAUCCUCUUUAUUGGCCAGGUUUGUUGCACAAACAAGGUAUUUGACUUUGGUUAUCAGCAUUUGUAUCAUCAAACUAUAAAUAUAUCAACUUUACAACCACAAACUUCAGUGACCUUUAUCUUUUUUUCUAAAUUAAACUUACUCAAAAAAGUGCAGCAAAACCCAUGAUGCUGGUUGAUUAGUUCGUAGUUUAAAUGUACUUAAUGAAGCAGAGCCGACCACACUGGCCUAUUCGGACCUCUUAUAGAUUGCUUAGUGCACCUGUAGGUAUUGGGAGUAUCUGCAUGUAAAGAUCACCUUUGGAGUUAUGGAGGAUUGUUUUUCUUUCGUCGUCAGAAAAAAAUCUAUAAAUCUCUGGAGCACUGAGGGGAAAAUGGAGGACCAGCCCAGGCAGCAAAGAGGAUGAUGUCACUGCUCCAGAAUAAGUGAUUACUUGAGGGGAAAAUAGGGUCACCAGGGGGUCGAGUGUAUGUACUUGCAAAGCAUGUACAUAUGGGAAUAUGAUCUAUUCCUUAAAGAUGCAGAAAUGAUCCACGUUUAUAUAUACAGCGAAGGUCUCGAGUGAGUGGGUUUUUCACUAUAAAGGGGAUUAGGUAGAGUUUGAAUGUUGAAGGGUGGAACCAAAGCUGCAGCAGAAGGAGUGCUGGCAGGGAGCCUCUCCAGCAGGGGGAUGUUGAUGAUGACCAUCACAAAGCCUGCGACGGUGAAUUCUCCAGCUGCAGCUGGUUGGACCCGGGCACAAAAAGAAUAGGAUGAGGGAUCUGAGAGAUGAGGGAAGGAAAAAUAGACUAAGGAAUUAGAGAGCAUGUUCCACCGUAGCACCACGCCCAGUUAGUCAUUUACAAACCAGCUAAUACUGUAAUGUGUAUAAUGGUUCAUGAUGAGAGCAUCUGAGGUGACUGACAGAACUAGAGAUACACCAAUCGGAAUUACCGAUCUUGGGUUUUUAGAGGCUUGGAUGUACCAAUAUAUAAAUGUUCCCCAGUGAUUUUAUUAUUAAGAACUAUUAUUACAGGAUGACAUUCAAACAGCAUUUAAAAGUCAUUAUUUAAUGACCACAGGUGAUGUCACACUGUGUGUGAGAAGGUUAGCUGUUGCUGUUUUUACAACAAAGACAAAAUGAUCAGAAUACACACUUUUAAACCUCAGGAUUUUAUACUAUUGAUUAGUACAGCUAGCAUUGAUAAAUUACCAGGCUCAGAUAGUAUUCUCCGGUGAAUGUAGGUCCUUCUGAGAUUUUUAAAAGGCCGCCAAUAUUUCAACACCUGUUUUGCUCAGAAUAAGAAAGCGGCAUCUUUGAAUGGUUUAUUUAUAAAUGGUUAAGCCUUGCAGGUGGAUUAAUGUGUUUAAAGUGCUAAUUUUACAAUUUCCUAAACAGGUGAGGUAAUAUGGAGUAUUGAAAUCAAAUAAUAGAAUUACUGAGCUUCUGAUGGAGAUUCCUGUUGAUUUAUCAGUCUUGUAAUUAAAUGUAACAAUCAGCAUUCCCAUUUCCAACCUUGUGGUUUACAGUAACUACACUGGUGUUGAGGUUCAAGAAUUAUUAUAGAUUUAUUCCUAUGAAUCUCUGGGUUUUUGGACAUACUUAAUUUGUCACUAUCUAAUGGAUCUAUCUGCUUUAAGAAAAACAUUGUUUUUAUUAUUUUCAUGACAAUACUUCUUCCUGAAAGUUUCUGCAGCAUCUGUGAUGUCACAAAGUGAAUUAAAGUCAAUCCGCCAACAUAUUCUGCCCCACUUUUAAGGAUUUAGGAGAUUUUAACGUGCCUUCGCAGCUUUCCCACAACCAAAGCUUUAGCGCCCCGUUCCCAACCCCCCCCCCCCCUCACCCCUCUCUCUUUAUAACCUGUACUUCCCACUUUUAUCAUCACUGCUAUCUGUCUAAAGCUUUGCAUGUGCAUCAGCGGAGCGAUUAGCAGAUGUGUCGUGAUGGCCGAACACAUCCUCAUAUGAAAGAGCAUUUCCUCCUCCAGCGCUCACCAAAUGUCAUAGAAUUACCCUCUCUUUUGUCCUGGUCAUGCAUAAAAUGCCCUUUUUAGUUGAUGUUUCAUUUCAAGUGACCUUACCAUAGCUGACUUCAUCAAGUAUCAGAUGAACAGUCGACGCCUACAUGUAAAUGAGAAAAGCAUGUGCGGAUGUUGAGCGAUAAACAUAACUCCAGGCGUGAUGUAAUCAUGUCCUGAAUCUGUAUGAGCACCUCAAUUACUGUAUUACAAAACGGUUUCUUAAGUUAUCAUUUUUGCAUCUUCAUCUAUGACAAAUGUAACAUUUCACUUUUUUUAUUUAAAUUUUUUUUUUUUGCAGAUUAGUAGCAUAAAUAUGAAAGAAAACUCCUCAAUAUUUAAAUAUUUAGCUUGAUAUUAAAACAGAACCACAAUAUCUCCAUGCUUAGAUAUUAUUGCUAGGAUUGUUUUCAUGUUACAAGAAAAAAAGGAGGCUGCAUAAGCAGAGCCUUUUGGCUGUACAAAAAUCUGCUUUAAUGAGACAUUAAAGUCAGUUGUGACGGAUAUUAUCAAGACUGCUCGUUCCGAUGGGGAAGAAGCUACCGCGCACUCUGAACCUACUAAAUAAACCUGAGAUAUCGUUCAACUUUAACACAGAUGUCUUGAUAAUAUGAAAAACAAGUGGGCCGUGUUUGAUUUUGGUGCUUUCGUGCUGCUUACAUUUCUGUAGUGAUAUUUGUCUCACAAAGCCUUUUCUUUUUCCUUUUUUUUUUUUUUUCUUUUCUGUAAGUGAGAGUGAAGAAACAGAUUCAUGCUGUGGAAUGAUAAAAAGGCAGAGCUGUGAAAAAAAUGUAAUGUUAUUCUCUUAAUACUGUUUUAAUGGAGGGGAGACUGUCUUCAGGUGUAAUAAUUUAGAAGAUUUAGAGUGUUAAAGAUGUAAUAAAAAGCAUAAAAAUGAA